ACCACUUUUGGGCUGCCACUCUUAACACUGCCCCCUGCUAUGCCGACUGUGAGAAGUGCUGUCCUCCUACUGUAGGUCAGUUUUGUGUCAUGUGCGAGUUCUGCCCGUCGCUGUACUUGGACGUGUCUCCGUAUUCCUAUCGGAGGGAAUGGUACCUUAGCGUAAAGGUGGAUGCUUUGCACUAAGGAACCCCCUGGGCCGCUUCCAUCAUAGACGUCAGACACACCCCCUCAUCUGUCAAUCUCCUGAGCGAGUUCCGCCUCCUCCCCGAUAAGACCGGCCACAAGCUCCCGUUCCGCCUGUCCAGCCGCCAGUCCAGCCACCUGAGUGCGACCGUCAGCCAAUCAGGCGGCGCGGACACCAUCGUCAUGGACACAGAAUCGACCUACUCGGGGUAUUCGUACUACUCGGGCCGCUCGCGGGGGUCUCAUAGACACAGCGAGCGCAGCCGGGACCGCCACAGCAAGUCGCGCAGCAAGGACAGCAGCAGCCGCUCGGAGAAGAACGUCACCAUCAACGCGCCCCCCGUGGAGCCGCUGCUCGGAGACCAGCCGCCGCCCCCGCCCGGAGACGACACACAGGAUGAUAACUGGGGAGAGACCACCACGGCGGUCACCGGCACGUCAGAGCACAGUCUCUCCCAGGAGGACAUUGUGCGGAUCACUAAGGACCUGGAGGAGAGCGUGGGGCUGGGUUGCAGGCGCUACCUGUCCCUCACACUGGGCCUCCUGCUGGGCCUGCUGGUCUUCCUCACCCCCCUGGCCUUUCUCGUGAUCCCACAGGUGUUGUGGCCCGAGCGCUUGCAGCCCUGUGGCACGGCGUGCGAGGGCCUCUUCAUCUCGGUGGCGUUCAAGCUGCUCAUCCUGCUGCUGGCCGUGUGGGCGCUCUUCCUGCGCUCGCCCCGCGCCUCCCUGCCCCGCGUCUUCGUCUUCCGCGCCCUGCUGGCGCUGCUCGUGCUGCUCCUGGUGCUCUCCUACUGGCUCUUCUACGGGGUCAGGAUACUCGACUCACAGGAUGAGAACUACCAGGGCAUAGUGCAGUAUGCGGUGUCGCUGGUGGACGCGAUGCUCUUCAUCCACUACCUGGCCAUUGUGCUGCUGGAGCUGCGGCAGCUGCAACCCUGCUUCAGCGUCUGCGUCACGCGCUCCACCGACGGAGAGACACGACACUACAACCUGGGACAGCUCAGUAUCCAGAGAGCGGCCAUGGUUAUCCUGGAGAACUACUACAAGGACUUCCCGGUGCACAACCCUGCGCUGCUCACCGCCUCCAAAUCCAGGGCAGCCAAGCACCUGGCCGGCCUCAAGGUCUACAACGUGGACGGCCCGGGGAAUAACGCCACGGCGGGUCAGUCUCAGUCUCGGGCCAUGAUCGCCGCCGCAGCCAGGAGACGAGACACGAGUCACAACGAGCUCUACUACGAGGAGGCCGACCACGAGAGACGCGUGAGGAAACGAAAGGCCAGACUGGUGGUGGCGGUAGAGGAGGCGUUCACACACGUGCGUCGCAUGCAGGAGGAGGAGCUGAAGAAGCCGCCGGGCGAGGUGAUGGACCCGCGGGAGGCGGCGCAGGCCAUCUUCCCCUCCAUGGCGCGGGCGCUGCAGAAGUACCUGAGGACCACACGCCAGCAGCACUGCCACAGCAUGGAGAGCAUCCAGAAGCACCUGGCCUUCUGCAUCACCAACAACAUGACGCCCAAGGCGUUCCUGGAGAGCUACCUGACACCAGGGCCCACGCUGCAGUACGGCCGGGAGCGCUGGAUGGCCAGCCAGUGGACACUGGUCAGCGAGGCCUCAGUGACCAGCAGCCUGAGGGACGGCACGGCCUUCCUGCUCAAGUGCAUAGACUUCAGCCUGGUGGUGACCACCAAGGGCAUGCCCUACAUCCGGCUCUCCGAGGAGUUCAUCGACCCCAAGUCCCACAAGUUUGUGCUGCGCCUGCAGUCCGAGACCUCUGUGUAGGAACACUGGAUUAUUUGUAGUUUUUUUUGUAUUUUGUAGUUUUUUUCUUUUUUUCUUUUGUCUUGUUUUCAUUUGCCAUUUUCUUCUGUUUGUAUUGUUUUGCAGAACAAAAAAAAAAACAUCUUUUUUCAUCUACACACGAUUUUAUAAUAUAUAUAUAAAUAUGUAUGAAAACACAUUUGAAUAUUUUUUUCUUCUAUAGGUUUUAAAAUUACAAAGAGUAUAUGUAUUGGACGUGAAUAUAAAAAAAGUUACAAGAAAAAAAAAUGCAAAGCUGUUUUGAGAAGUAUAGACACACAAGAGGCGAGUGUGUGUUUGUGUGUGUGUCUGUGUGAGUCUACGUACGCUCGUGUGUGUGUGUGUGUGAGAUUGUGCUUUGGAUUCUUGUCAGCCACAGCAGUUAAACCGUUAAAACUAAGAGUGGAAAAGGACUUGUGGAAACAGGAAAUUAAAUUACAUUUUAUAGGCACACUGUGGAGAAGGUGUAACCGCUGUUUGGCUCUCAUUUUAAUUUUAUUUUCUAUCAUUUCGUUUCAUUUUAUCAUUCAUUUUUUUUUUUUUUCCUCUUCUUAUGUUGAUGUGGUGGUUCUCCCCUCCAAUAUAGCCUUCUGUUUUCUCUCUGUGUGUAUGUUCAUUCUCUUCUUCCGUAGGGGUAUCUGGAAUGUGGACACAAUGGCAUAGGAUUCCGUAAGCUACUCUUCCGUCUACUGGCAUGGUGUCUAGCUACCUCGGUGUGCUGCCCCAGGGUUGUCAUAGCAACAAAGACGCGCGUGUUCUGCCUCUGUCGACUAGCAACAUGACUCUCGCUCUCGCUCUCUCUUUCUCUCUCUGUAUCUCUAAUUACUUCUCCUGACUUAACCAACCCAGCAAUCGUUCAGGAUUUCAAUGAUUUUCAAUUUCUCACUUUUCCAAACGAUCACAAGGAGAAAGACUAAUGUUUUUUUUUUUAAAUUGUCAUCUUCCUGUACAUAUAUGUGUUUGUAUAUAUCUAAAUUAUGCUUAUAGUCCAUGUACAAGCACACAGUAUGUGUCAGUCUCUGUACAUAUAUAUGAAAACACUAUAACCACCUGUUUUAUACACAUCCUAACUGCACAUAUCUUGUGUCAUGAUCUCUUUGAUUAUAAAAUCCUCUCCUCCUCCUCCUCUCUCUUCAAAUUCAAUCGGAAGGUUCCUUGUUGAUAAAUUGUCAGAUAUUGUUAUAGCAUGUUGGGACAACAUUUCUAAGGCACUUUUCCUGCAAUCUCUCAUAAAAAAAAAUUCUAUUUCUAUUUGAAGUCCAGACCACUUGCUGACUGCAGUUCACUGUGCCCUUUAUCUGUGCAGUCGCUCGCUGUUACACUACAAAUGCUAGCCUGUAGUAUAACAUAUAAACUACAGUCUUCUCAAUGUUAUGGGCCUGCUAGCCACACAUGCUAACAGCCAUCCCUUUGGUAGAGGAGCCCACUAACUUAGCCCCAGUAUUUCUAGCUAUCGACCGUUUGUAAGAGAUGUCGUAAAGCAUGUUUGUUUCUGUUUAUAACCGAAGCUUUAUUGUUCAUAACCGGGUUUUGAUCACUGGUUUGGUGAGGUAAUGGGAUAAUGUCAGUACACAAAGGACACAAAGCAUCUUUCUCAUUGCCUGGUUGUCUUGUGCAUUGUCAGUUGCAUAUUGUAUGUCAAAGAGUUUUGAGACUUUCUGAGAAGUUUUAUAAAGAAACAUACGUUUGAGCAUAAUCAAGCAUGUUCCCCAUCAAAAUUGUUUUAUUGCCCAUUCAGUAUGAUUGAACUCAAUUGUGUGUGAUAUGUGAGAUAUAGCCUUUUUUUUUUUUUUUUUAAAUAGCCUUGUGGUUGGAUUCUUGGAGUGUGGGGUUUGCAAAAAGAAAAAAAAAACGUUUUAUACAUCAGUGUCCAUGCAGUUCUUUUUCUGAUGUGUGCAGUGUGCACAGUCAUACUCCUCUUUCCCUCUUUUUUCCCUUUUUUUUCCUCUCGUUCCUCUGUUCCCCUGUGACCUCUUCUUAAGAUUCUAAUCAGGGCGUCCCACUUCUCAUUCUGGAGAGCGUCUCUCUCCCUCUCUCUCUCACUUUCUCUAGGUCUCUCUCUCUCUCUCUCUGUCUCUCUCGCUCUCUCUUUCUCUAGGUCUCGCUCCCUCUUUCUCUCUCUCUCUCUCUGUCUCUCUCUCUUUCUCUCUCGCUAGGUCUCGCUACCUCCGUCUCCUUCUCAAGAGUUUAACCCUCCUUUAUCUUUAUCUCCUUAAUCACCAGACACAAGAGUUUAACCAGCGACGCUUGUUUAGAUGGAGACUCCUAAUCCUGCUGUGUCAGACCCCAUCCACCCUCCCUUCAGUCUGAGCCUACACACACACACACACACACACACACACACACACACACACAAGCACAUGCACACACACACACACACACACACACACAAGCACAUGCACACACACACACACACACACACACACACACACACACACACACUGAUGGCCACCUACAUUAACAGCCUAUUAACCCUCCUCACUUUGUGCUGAGGGGAACUCUCGGGGUUAAAGGUCACUAGCUGUGUUAUUUUAGAGGGUGAAGGAUCCGAGCAGAUUGGCUGGUAGAUAGAGAGGCUGAGUGCGCGAGCAGUGGCAGAUCCCAUUGGGAGCCGCUCAGGCGGUCUUAGUGGCGGUGCGAUAGGAGCAGCUGUGUUGCCGGGUCAGUGGAGAUGCGGUUAGCCCUCUUACAUGUGGAGAGCCCACGGGUGUGGAGGGACAUGUUGUUGUUCUGUGUUGCUUUUGAAAAUAAAAAAAAGGACACGAGGGUGGGACGAGAGCGGGCUGUCUUUUCUCUCUCUCUCUCU